AUGCGAAACUUCUUGACUGCAAUUACUGAAGAGCCGAACAUUACCAGAAAACGAUCCAGAUCCGAGGUUUUGCCCGAUUCAGUCUUUGAGUGGGUUUUAACUUAGUAUAUACUUAGAUAAAGCACAAAAAUGCUUUUAGGCAUAACUUAAGCUUGAAUCGAAACUUGCUAAUUGUUUUUUAAAACUAUCUUGAACAAAAAAUAUUUAGGCUUGUUAUAAGCCUAAAGUAAUUUAAGCUAGGCCUAGGUCUAGCCAUGCAAAAGUUUUGGUUUUUUUAGAAUAAUUACGACUAAGCCUAAGACAGACGUAUGCGUUUUAACUCAAUUUAAGCUUAAUAUAAUUUUCUUUUACAAUAAGCCUAAUAACUACUUAAUCUGUCUGAACGUUGAUUCCAUAGAAUUUUUUUUGAUUAUUACAACCUUAAUCUUCUUCUUUUUUUUUGUUAAAACACAAAAAUGCCUCGUGCAAACAAGCAAAAAAUAUUAAAUCCGCUUCAGGCCACGUUUUUUUGACAAAUUUCACAAAACGACCUUUCGGCUUUGUCUAUGUUUUUUUCAUUUUUAAACCCACUUUCGCAAUUUGGCCACCUGUGAUCUGGCUUUGAAGUUUUUUAAGUUUAGAACUGAGGUAGACAACGUGUUUGUGACGCAAUGUUUGUUUUAGGCUUAUGAUAGGCUUAAAGGGAGGCUUUUUAGAAAGUUUUAAAAAUUUUUGUUUUAGACUUCUGAUAGGCUUAAUGUGAAGUUUUUUAGAAAGUUUUGAAAAAUUUAUAAAAGUUUUGGCUUUAGGCUUAUUAUAGGCUUAAUGAGAUGUUUUUUUGGGAAGUUUUAGAAAUUUAAUAGAAGGUUUUGUUUUAAGCUUACGGUAAGCCUAAACUAAGCCUAAAAGAACAAAAAAUCAAAAUUUUUUUAUAAUUUUUUAAAAAUAUCGUUUUAGGCUUACAAUGAGUUGGGAACAAUAUAAAGUCAAAAAAAAAUUUUUUUACUUCAGUUUUAAGACAAGCCUAAUGUUAAGGUUUUAGGUUAAUAUUGCAACUAAGAACGAAAAUAUUACUCUUUGCCUUAGGCUUAUAAGCUUAAAGUUAUCAUUUUGACAUAAAUUGAAAAAGCAAAGUUUUUCAUUUAGGUUAACAUAGGUUUAAAUUGGCACUUUUAGGCUUAAGUAACAUAAAAUUUGAAAAUUUAAACUCUUCAGACUGUUGAUAAGCCUAAACAUCUAAAACCCCAAUUAGAACCCAAAUUCAUUAUUUUUACCAAAAUUUCAAACGAAAAAACAAGCCCAAUAUUUGGAUGAGCCGGCUGUCUGUUACAAAUACGUCUUGAUACAGCACGUUGUCUCUGACGUUCUGCUCCUCGUGUUCUCUUUUUUCACUUGGAGUUUUCCGGCAUUUUUCAAAUUCUUUUUGUUUUUUUAAAUCUGCUAAUAGACAAGUUGAAUAGAUUUGGAGGGCUGUUUAGGUGUUUUAAUAGUUCAAAGGAACAUUUUGAUGAGGGAGGGGAGCUGUUUAAAUUUUAAGGAAUUUUUGGGGGGGCUGAAAAAACUUGAAGGUUCUAUAAAUCAAACUGAUAAGCCUUAGCCCACAGCCUUAGCCCAGAGCCCUAACUUAGAGCCCUAGCCCAGAGCCCUAGCCCAGAGCCCUAGCCCAGAGCCCUAGCCUAGUUCCUAGACAGUCUGUUUCCUCAGGGCUUAAAAAUUGAGGUUUUUGGCCAAGGAUUUUAAUCUUUUUUGCGCAAAAAAAUUUUUACAAUAGCCUUAGAGAAGUUACCAGAAAAUUUGUUGCGCCGCUUUUAUUAUGUAAUAUUUAUGGUAUUACGUAAUAUCUGACUCGAUGUAAAACGGCCCAAAAAAUUACUGCGAGUGCGGCAAUCUCAUUCCAUAUGUUUUCGAGGGGUCGUUUUCUACUCUACCCUACCCUACCUUAUCCUACCUUACCCUACCCUACCUUACCCUACCUUACCCUACCCUACCUUACCCUACCCUACCCUACCCUACCCUAGCCUGCUCUACCCUACUCUAAGUAGAGAUCAAUUUACAAUAAUAUAAUACAGCAUGCUACCUAUUAUUACGUACUUACCAAGACCAACCAUAAACUUUAAUUUCCCACUUUCAGUUUUGCCCACCUGUCCCACAACUGUGCCUGCUCCUAUCUGAUGAGUGCACCAUCAGCACAAAGCGUGUUGACGGCGGAAGUGCGGGAUUCGCCACGCCGCAGUAGCACGCCAGAUGUGGAGCCGGACCUUGCGAUCUUCCGGAACGGCAAAAAAAAUCAUGACCGAUGUUUUCGACCAGUGCAUUCGGAACGAACGCGUAGGCUUUUUGGAGGAAGGGGGGGGAUGGAGUUGGGGCGCUAA